GCUGUCAACUCUUUAAUCAAACACGUGUCUCACAAAAUCGGCGUCCACAUUAAUGCCAAAACGACAUUCCUAACAUAAACGAACAAGACAACGAAUUUUUAAAGUAGCACCGCUUCGGCAUCGCCCUUGUCUUUUCCAGCACAGAAUCUCAGAAGAUUCUAGAGGGUCUUAUUGCCUAGAAAAGAGACAUUUGCGGAAGAUUUUCAUGCAUUAUGGAGUAUGAGUCAGUUGAAGUUUCACAUGAUGCAGAUGAUAACAGCAAAAUGAACGAAGCAACCAAAUCCAAUCAUGCUGAUGCAAAAGAUGUUCCAAGACCAGUUCCUAGUUCUCCUGGGGUUAAGAAACACAUUAACAAGGUUGAGGGGAAGGAUGAGAAAAUAGUUUCCCAAAAUGUACCUACUGAUGAGGACAAAUCUGGGAAGAUAAAUAUGGAGGCUUCCUUAACAACCGAUGAUGUUAUACGGGCUGGAGGCUUUGGAGCUAGAGAUGAUAUAAGUAGCUUUCUUCCUGUUGCAAGUGAUUCAACAGACUUUGAAGCAACUAUUCUUGAUGCUAGAAACUAUGAAGAGCCGCUGGGAGAAAUAUGCAGACACGGUCUUGGCUGGAGGGAACCAGCAGAAGGAAAAUAACUCAUUUGUCAUUCAACAGACUUUUGCUGGCAUUAUUUUGCUUUUAAGAUAUUAUGGUAUGCAAUUCACAUGUUACCAUAUGGUUUGGCUUUAUUGUUACAAUUUCACGUUUUCUGUUUGCAAUAUCUGGUACUUUUUGGGAACAAAAUAGAUGUUUUCUCCUUGCCUAUUGAAAUGACAGAAAUCAGAUACACAUAGCUCACUGUAUGACAUGCUUAAAAUCACCUUCUAUGAGGUUAAUGCUAUGAGUCCUUUUUCAACA